UCUGUAUUUUGUUUUUGAUGCUGCAGAUUCGGCCUAUUCUUUGUGCAGGAGCGAAGUGCAACGAGCUGCUACUUCAGUCGUCAAUAGUUAAUACGCGACAAUAAUGUAAUUCAUUUUGUUUUUGCAACAAUUCAAUUGUGGUUAUCUUGUCGUGUGGUAUCUUGUAAGUGCUACGGUUGUUUAUUGUAGAAAGAGUACUUCUCCCAAACAAAAUGAACUCAUCUCAAUGGUUCCCGGUUCCCAUGCUGCUUUUUGUGAUGUGGUCCAGCCAAAUAAUAGCCAUCGACCCCACGGAGAACGAAAUAGACCAUCCAGAGUCCAGAGGGCAUCCGAAUCCAAAGAUGCCUGCCAGUGAAAUGCCUUUUGAAGUUGACAUUUUGAAGCUUAUCAACGUAUCACACAAAGACCAAGGAGUAUCACUGGUAGAAGGUCCAAUAAAGAACUUUCCGGCUUUCAAAUUCCGGUUACCUUAUGGCAACGUUGCAUUAUCCAACUCAGAUAUUUUAACGCAGGCUUUAAAUAGUUCUAAAGGGUUUACAGUGGUGUUUUUGUAUAGGCAGCAGAAGAACAAUUUGGGAACACUUAUUUCCUUGAACUCCCCGGGGAGGAUCACCCCCUGGUUCCAGUUGACGUCCAAUUCAAAAACCGGCAUCUUAAGUUUGAAGUAUAGACUGAGAAAGUCCAAUAAGUUGGUUCAAGUGGAUUGGGGUUUGCCUAGGCACCACAAGAAGUCUCCUUUAGCUGCAUGGGUCUGGCUGUCCCUAUCCAUAGAUUACCAAGAAGAUCUGAUCCGGCUGGAUCUGGAUUGUAUCCCGAGCUCUUUCGAGUCCAUUCCUGGAAAAAAUGGUUCUUAUUCCAGGAUCGGAGUGCCUCAAGAUGCUCUGGUUUACUUUAGGCAAGAGCCUGGCAGAAAGAAGAAGUUCUUGGGUUCGAUCCAAGUAGCCAAAAUUCUACCAUACGUGACCCACGAACGUCUGUGGAACUGUAUGGAAAUCGGCACGAAUAUUAGUCCAGAAUUUCAGAAACCCCUAGUUUAAGUCUAGCACGUAGUUUCUAAUAAACUACUUUUAUUAAAAAAUAUGUUUCCGCUAUAGAGAAAAUAAAAGAAAAUGGCUUUAGUUUUACGUUCCAAGGGCAAUAAUUGUUUUAAGUUCAAAUCUCCCGCUUAAUCUGUAUGUAGAUUUAAAACUCCAACCUUUAUGUUUGACGUGUGUCGGCAUUACAGAUUCCUUUACUUUCAUUUGUUGAGCCACGCUUACGUGGCUAUACUGUCUUUUAUAUUCUCUAUGGUGACUCAUUAAAUGUGCAUCAGUCUAUCAAAAAAAGGCGGCAAAUUUAAAUUAUUGAGUCAUCUGUCAUUUUUAUUAUUUGUUUUUACACAUCAAUGACGCUGAGGUUAAUGAAAACAAAGUGUUGACGUCAGAAGAUGUCACCCACUUGGCGUCUAUUAUAAUCGUAAACCAAUGUUGCAAUGUCUAAAAAUGAGUGCUUUAUUACAGGAAUUUGGAGGAGGUACGUUUAUAAACAAUUUGUUAUUUUGUCAAAUAUAUUGAAUUUAUUUCAAUAGAGUUUAUUAGCUAGCAACAUUGAUAGAUCUUAGUGAAUUCAGUGUUAACAAAUAUAUUCUAUAAUGUUAUCAUCGCAUGUUAAAAGUAUUGAGACUUGGACUCGGAUAGACAGAUGGUAAAGCAAAUUAUCGAAUUUUCAAGUUUGUUGAUAGCAAGACCUAAAUUCAUGUACUCAAUCCAGUGUUGCCUUGACUGUUUAGUUUCACAAUCUACAGGUAAAUGACAACAUUGGAUCAGCUUACUUAUCCAUGACCUAUGGAAUGCCUGCUGGUAAAAUAUGUCAGAAGUGUUGACGUUAUAAUGGAUCACAUUCAGCAUCUCUCCAAAGUUGCCACUUCGGAAAGUUUGAGUUGAAAAACACAAACUGCAUGGAAAUUGGACGGAAUAUUAGUCCAGAAUUUCAGAAACCCUUAGUUUGAGUCUAGCACAUAGUUUCAAAUAAACUACUUUCAUUAAUGAUUAAAAAAUAUAUUUCCACUAUAGAGAAAAUAAAACGAAAUGUCUUUAGUUUUACGUUCCAAGCGCAAUAACUAUUUUAUAAAUUCAAAAUUCCCGCCUGUCGGUACACUCAAAAUUCCUACCUUUAUGUUUGACGUGUGUCGAUAUUACAGAUUUCUUUACUUUCAUUUGCUGAGCCACGCUUACAUGUUUUACUGUCUUUUAUACUCUCUAUGGUGGCUCAUUAAAUGUGCAUCAGUCUAGCAAAAAAACGCGGCAAAUUUGAAUUAUUGAGUCAACUCUUCUGCCAAAUACAUUCUAUGUUAUCAUCGCAUGUUAAAAGGGACUUGGUAAUAUUAGAUCGACAAAUAAUAAAGCAAAUUAUCAAUCAAUCAUCUACUCAAUCCGGUGUUGCCUUGAUUGUUUAGUUUCACACUCCAUAGCUAAAUGACAACAUUGGAACAACCAGCUAUUCAUCUGUGUAUGGAAAAAUAUGUCAGAAGUGUUAACUUUUGAAGGUAUCAUACUCAGCAUCUUUCUAGAAUUGCCAUGUCGACAAGUUUGUGUUGAAAAACACGAAUUUGAGUUCGCAUGCUUAAUGAGCCAUCCAUUACUGCCAAAUAUAUUAAAUUUAUUUAUGUAGAGCUCAAAAGUUGGUAACUUUAGAUCUUAUUUAAUAUAACUUGGCAACUUUGGAUGAUUUACAGAUGAUACAACAGAUUAACAAAUUGUCAAAUAUGCUCAUGACAAGUGCUUAAAUUCGCCUACUCAAUCCAGUGUUGCCUUGAUUGUUUAUGAGGUGUAUGUUCUUCCUAUGUACGUUCCAAGCGCAAUAACUAUUUUAUAAAUUCAAAAUUCCCGCCUGUCGGUACACUCAAAAUUCCUACCUUUAUGUUUGACGUGUGUCGAUAUUACAGAUUUCUUUACUUUCAUUUGCUGAGCCACGCUUACAUGUUUUACUGUCUUUUAUACUCUCUAUGGUGGCUCAUUAAAUGUGCAUCAGUCUAGCAAAAAAACGCGGCAAAUUUGAAUUAUUGAGUCAACUCUUCUGCCAAAUACAUUCUAUGUUAUCAUCGCAUGUUAAAAGGGACUUGGUAAUAUUAGAUCGACAAAUAAUAAAGCAAAUUAUCAAUCAAUCAUCUACUCAAUCCGGUGUUGCCUUGAUUGUUUAGUUUCACACUCCAUAGCUAAAUGACAACAUUGGAACAACCAGCUAUUCAUCUGUGUAUGGAAAAAUAUGUCAGAAGUGUUAACUUUUGAAGGUAUCAUACUCAGCAUCUUUCUAGAAUUGCCAUGUCGACAAGUUUGUGUUGAAAAACACGAAUUUGAGUUCGCAUGCUUAAUGAGCCAUCCAUUACUGCCAAAUAUAUUAAAUUUAUUUAUGUAGAGCUCAAAAGUUGGUAACUUUAGAUCUUAUUUAAUAUAACUUGGCAACUUUGGAUGAUUUACAGAUGAUACAACAGAUUAACAAAUUGUCAAAUAUGCUCAUGACAAGUGCUUAAAUUCGCCUACUCAAUCCAGUGUUGCCUUGAUUGUUUAUGAGGUGUAUGGGAUACCUGUUGGUAAAAAAAUGUUAGGGGUGAUGGUCCAAAGAUAAUACACUCAGCAUCUUCCAAUGUUGCCACGUCAAAAGGUUGAAAAACACGAAUUUACGUUUUAUAACCAAAUAUAUUGAAUUUAUUUAAGUAAAACUCAGCAGUUUACAACGUUGACCAAACUAAUAUUAGUCAAACUUGUAUUGGCAAAUAUAGUUUGUGAUGUCAUCAGACGAUUUAUAAGUGAUAAAACAGAUUAACAAAUUGUCAAGUAUGUUCAUGACAAGUGCUUAAACUCACCCACUCAAUCCGGCGUUGUCUUGUUUGUUAGUUGCACAAACUAAUCCAUUGAUAGCAAAAUGGUAAUACUGAGGCCAGCUUUAGCGUCUAUAGACCAAAUUUGCCACAUCAGCAAGUUGUUUAAUGACCCAGUAUAUAUUUGUGGCUAGAUAAUUUUUAUGUUAUUGCCAAAUGUACUGGAUCCUCUCCUAUCAAUAUUGCCAAGAGUUGCACCAACUGACCAAUGUUGCCAACUAAGUUUUUAAUAAGUCUUAUAUUUAUUGUUUAAUAAUUUUAUAUAUGAGUCCACAUCAGUUUUGAUAUAUAUCUAAAUACUUGAUCUUAACAACUGGCAAUGCUGACAGUUGUUAAUCCAUGUACUAGUGCCAAAUAUAGUCUGUCACGCUAUUAGGCAUCAAUCUUCUGCGUUAAACAUGUGAACCAACGUUGAGUGGUUGACAACUGACUAACUUCAUUAAGAAAAGUACAAGGAAAGUAAUUUGACAACGUUGGUUUUUGUUAACAAAUUGCCUCAUGAAAAGCUUAUGAAUUCAUCUACAGGUUACAGUGUUGCCAAUUUUACUUUAAAAUUUCGUAAAAAUUUGUGAUUUAUUGAGUAUGACCAGUUUUUUAGAAAAAAAAAUUAUUCGCCUUAUUUAAAUAAUAAUAGUAGAGAGAUUUUGGCAAUUCAGAAUGUCCAUGCAUUGAAUAUUGCCAACGCUUUAUAAUUUAACCGUAGAUGGCACCAGUGUUCUUAUCUUAAGCAACAAUGGUGCUAAAUGUUACUUUUUUUUGACGAUAGGUGGUUCUAGUGUAAUAGAAAUAUUAUUUAUCCUUUUUUAUUCAUUGUGAUGAGAGAGAUGCAGAUUUAAUGAGUCUUGAUGUUAUAUAAAUAAAAAUAAAUGAUAACACUGUAGUAAACUAAUUGGUGCAAAGCAAAGGAUACAGGGAGAGUAAAUAUGUGUAUGAUUUUAAAUUAUUUUGGAAAUGUGAUAAUAAAUAUCCAACGAACAAGGAAUGAUGGAGCAAAAAAUGUAAAAUUAAAAAAAAUCAAAUGUUUUUAUUACAAGUCAUUAUUAAUAAACAGAACUUCGUAUAUGUACUAAA